AAGGAGGAGACUUGAUCGGGGUUGGUAAAAUUCCCUCUAACCGACCCCAAUAAUAAGGAAGACCUCUCAAAAAUUUAAUUACCCCGUCGUCGGAAAUCAGUUCAAGCAACCUGUCGGCUGUCAUUCAGCCAGUACUGGGACAGCUCUCGGCGUGUGUGUGAGCACUCAAGAAGACGGGGUGAUUGACAACUGUCAUGGCCAAUAGGGGAGGAGCAACACGCCCCAACGGGUCCAACGCGGGCAAUAAGAUCUGCCAGUUUAAACUGGUCUUGCUAGGAGAGUCAGCGGUGGGGAAGUCCAGCCUCGUUCUGCGCUUCGUCAAAGGGCAGUUUCACGAGUUUCAGGAAAGCACAAUAGGAGCGGCCUUUCUUACACAGACACUGUGCUUGGAUGACACGACGGUAAAGUUUGAGAUCUGGGACACAGCUGGACAGGAGCGCUACCACAGUCUGGCCCCCAUGUACUACAGAGGUGCCCAGGCCGCCAUUGUAGUUUAUGACAUCACCAAUGAGGAGUCAUUUGCAAGAGCAAAGAACUGGGUUAAAGAGCUUCAGAGGCAGGCUAGCCCAAACAUUGUCAUCGCUCUGUCUGGGAACAAGGCUGACCUUGCCAACAAGAGAGCUGUGGACUUCCAGGAUGCUCAGUCUUAUGCAGAUGACAACAGUUUGCUGUUCAUGGAGACGUCAGCAAAAACCUCCAUGAACGUGAACGAGAUCUUCAUGGCCAUUGCGAAAAAGUUGCCUAAGAGUGAGCCCCAAGCUGCCGGAGCCAACAGCGGGCGGAGUAGGGGUGUGGACCUCACAGAGACAGCCCAACCCACUAAAGCCCCCUGCUGCAGCAACUAACGCAAAACAAAAAUCCCCGUCCCCUCACCAAACUCUGUUACCGCAACGACUAACGCAAGGUCCUGCCCUCCAACUAUGGUUUUGACUAACUAAUGAAAUGCCUCCGCUUCCCCCAUUUUCCAUCACUCUCUCUUACGCUGUAACAAAGCUCAGCCCCGCCCAUGUAUCUGCGGUGUUUUUGUUUGGUUGUUUUUCUGUAAAGACCCAGGCCUCUUACUGUAUCCAUGCUUAAGGUCAUGCCUUGUCUCCAAACUGUAAUAUUUGCCAUAACAAAAAGAAAACAAACAAACAAACAAAAUCUGCCUGGACGAAAAGGGGUGGGGCCUCUGCAAUAGUUCACCUGCCCUAUCAUAAUUCAGAACUUUCCCAAAUCUCUUUCCACAUCCUUUUUUUUUAUUAUGACUUUGUUUUAUAGAAAUCUUUCAGAAUAAUGGAUGCAUGUAUCACUACAGAGCCUGAAAAAAGGUCAAUCAGAGUUUUAACUUUCUCCAGCAGCACACAUAGUGAGAGAGGACAAAUUAACCCACCCCUUUUUUGCUCCACCCCAUCCCCGCUCUUUCCCUCUCGCUCUCAUUCUGGAUGUCCCAGUGGCUCUGUUUAGUGGCUGACUGCCCACUUCCUAAGGCUGCGCCAACAACAAAAAGCCCACCUCCUUCUUAACCACACACACGCGCGCGCACACACAUACAUCCAAGAUCCUGCCUCCUUGUUAUUCUCUCACCAGUUAGCAAGCCUUCACUUUUUUCAGCAUUAUUGGCAACUAAGUGAAUAUGCGGCUGCGCUUUCACUCGCCCUGCACAUGGACUUAGAUAUUCAUUUAGUAAAGUUUCCACGUCACAAACAUGCACCAUUACACUCACUCUCUUCUGGUUUUAACUCACCCAGGUGUUUCUUACUCCAUGCCUUGCACUAAUUUUUUUUUUUGGUCUUGAUAUUAUCUCUUGCAAGUACAGCCAGAGUGAUAUAAAUAUAUAUAAAUAAUUUACUGUAAAUAGGGUGUUGCAAUGUAUUCGUCUUUUCCAUUUACUGUUGCAGGACUAAUGCUCGAUAGGGAGUUAGAUAAUCAUUUAAAAAAACAAAAUGGCAAAAAAAAAAAAAAAAAACACAACUGUACAGUAACCAGGAAUCGCUUUGAUAUAGGGGGUUGUUUCUUUUUCACAAAAUGGUUAAAUUAUAAUCAAUGGUGGUCUUAUAAAAAUGUAUGUAGUGUUAUUAACAAACAAAAAAAAAGCUUUUCUUUAGUGGUCUGUUUUGUAAUUUUCAUGAGAAAGCAAAAACAUUGUCCAUGUUUUUGUCACUAACUGUCCACAAAUGAUGAUGGCUCUUCCUCUGCUUUUGUUUCUUCCCAGUAUCGGACAGCACAUCCACUUUUAACAUUGUCAAUUCCCCCUACCCUUCAGGAUACUGGUACCACAUCAAUUCGCUGCUAUGUUCAAUUUUUGUCUUCUUUUUUUAAGCAUUUCCCCUUUGAGACAAAAUGCAGUCAUCUAACUAUUACUGUUAAUGUAUCAAAUAAAUUUCUUAUAAAUGGUA